AUGGGAAACAUUUCAAAAAUCAGUAAGGCUAUAAAAAGGAAAGCCGAACCGGUGACCCCUCAAUCAGUGUUACAAACACCUGUUGUCAAACAACCUUCUUCUGCCGGUAAAAAACCUAAGUUGACCUUUAAGACUGGAUCCAAAGUAAAGCGGUUGUUACCCAAGACCCCUAAAAAGACUCCUUCAUCUGGUUACAAGACCCCUAAAAAGAAACUCCUUCCCCUCCUUCCAGUGUUUUUAGUACUGCAGAAGAAGAAGAAAGCUCAAGAGAGUAUUAAAAAAUCGUUUGACAAGGUUAAAAAAAGAGCUCAAGAAAGAGCCUUAAAGAAACUCGCACCUGCUCCAGGUUGGAAACCGUUUGGGACACCGGCGAAAAGAAGAUUGGAUGAAAAAGACUGGUAA